AUGGAUUCAUCGACCACCGCAGACUUGCAGGACCAGCACGACCACCUCCCGCCCUUUGUGAAUUCCACCAUCAAGAACCCCCCUCCCAGCUACUGGCUCUCUGCCGUUACCCCUACUACUUCUGGUGACGACCACCCCGCUACUACCCCUCUCUUCACCGACAAAGACAUGGUCGAUGGUAGUGUUGAUGGCUCGAGACUGGGCAGUAGCAGCACUACAGUGCAGAAGCAGAAAAAGAAGAAGAAACACAAGCGGAAGAGGCGCCGGGACAGGGACGAGGCGGGUCGGUCGCGGUCGCCCAGGAAAAUACACAAUAAGAAAAGGCGUGUUCGGGACAUCCUGGGGAAGUCGCCUAGGCCCUGUGGUUGGGGACCUCCCACCUCCUCAGCACUCGACGAGAGUAGUGAUGUUGAAGACGACCGUGAGGAAAUCGCGAUGGAGAGCGCCCGGAAGCUAUGGUUAGAGGUAUGUAACGAGGAGCCCUCCCCGGCUGCUAUGAUGCCUGCCAUGCAGCUCUUGAGUAAUGCUGUUGACGCCACUGUCGUCCCCUCUGGAGGACCUGUGGUUCUGGCUCCAUCUGGCAUCAUGAGGCCGCCCAUACAGGGUUGGGUCAUGCAGUUGGAGGCAGCAGGUGGAGCUGAAGUCGAUGCAGGGCCGGCUCUGGGAGUGGAGGCCGCCAUUACCUUGCCGUGUGCGAGCCAAAUGAAAGCUCAGUAUGGCCGGUAUAUGAGGGAGGAGCCGCCGCCAUUGACUCCAGAGGUGCUGUGGGUCACGGCUGAUGGGGGAAGCUCGUCGCCCCAGCCGGGCAUGCCUCGGGCCGGGCCGGUGCGUUGCUCUACGGUGGCUAUGGAUCUUAGAUCGGAGUCUCUUACGGAGGCUCAAAUACUCAGAAGUCGCCUGCGAGAAGUAGUGGAACGCAAGAGGGAGUUGGCGUGCAGAGUCAAGGCUCGGACUGAGUCCUUCACGGUCGCUCGGCGGUCCAUAAAUGCUCCGGUGGUGGAGAAAAUGAAGGCUCUCGUGAGGGCAAGGCCUCCGCCGAUGAACGUAUACCCUCAUAAUGGGGACCUCAAGCCGACUUUUGGAGUCACCACCAGUGACGAUCCAGAGGGAGACACGAGCUACUUAGUGUGCUCGAUCUGUCUGGAACCAGACCUGGCCCGGGGUAAUCAGAUGGUCGUCUGCUCUGGGUGUGGGGUGGCUGGUCAUCAGUACUGUUACGAGAUCAGCAGAAUCCUCGACGAGGACUCCUGGCUCUGCCGUUUGUGUUCUGCGCUGGAAAAUGGUGACGCCAGCGAGUCUGAUGAUCUGAGUUGUUUUCUCUGCGGUGGUGAUCGGCGAUGCCUUGGUGGAGGUCUGAUGACGUCGGUGAUGCUCCGAGGGAGCAUCCGAUGGAUUCACGUGAGGUGCGGUAUGUUCGCAUGGAAAUGCCGAUCGAUUCCGGAUGUUGAGCGAGCAGCUAUGCGCUUCUCUCGGUCCGAGUCGACUGCCCCUGUCUGUGGCAUCUGCGACAAGGCUGUGGGGGAAACUGUGAGAUGCGGCUCGACGGGAUGCUCCCAACACUUCCACGUCAGCUGUGCUACACGCAACGCCCUUACUAUUCCCGACCCCACGAACCAUAACUGGCUCAUAUACUGUCGCCAGCACAUGGCAGAUGUCGAUGCCUUUGGUAUGAUCGACAAGCUCACUAAAACUAUCGCUAACUCGCCAUAUGCGGAACAGACGGAGGGUGGCUUCGCAGCUGCUAUCGCCAAUAGUGCAGCAGCUUCAAUAGUCAACGAAGGCUAUGACCUCUACCGUGGCGUUGACGCGGAAGAUCUCUGGCUUGCCUGGAUGGACCCUGGUGUGGCAGUAAACGACUCAAAGACCCCCGAAUCGGUCGCGGACCGGCCUUCCGUUCUGACGACUCCGGCCACGGCACCACCUACGACCAGCCCGAGAGGUCCUGGUGUCCCUCCGGGUUGCUCGGCCAAAGUCCAUCUCCGAUGCGCCCACUGGAUGGGCCUUGCGCCGGUCUUCAACUUUCAUGACCUCCGGCAGGGGUCCAUCUGCAGAGUUAUGGCUGUCGAGAAGAACCGUCAAAGGAGGAUUCUCUGUUUGGGUCGAUUGUGA